AUGGUGUCAGUAACGGUGCCCAUUGUGUUUGUUCCAGAUGUCAUCUCUCCAACAUAUUACAACCCGUACUUCAGGAGGCUAAGGUUUGACGUGAGCUCCAUGGAGAAAAACGCUUCAAACCUGGUGAAGGCAGAGCUCAGGAUCUUCAGGCUGCAGAACCCAAAGGCCCGUGUGUCUGAGCAGCGGAUUGAGCUUUACCAGAUUCUAGGUCAUAAAGAGCUCACAUCACCCACACAGCGCUACAUCGACAGCAAGGUGGUGCGCACCCGCAUGGAGGGCGAGUGGCUGUCGUUCGACGUGACCGAGGCCGUCAGUGAGUGGCUGCUGCACAGAGACAGAAACAAUGGAUUCAAGAUCAGCCUGCACUGUCCCUGCUGCACAUUUGUGCCGUCAAAUAAUUACAUCAUCCCCAACAAGAGCGAGGAGCUGGAGACACGCUUUGCAGGUAUAGAUGACAGCUUUGUGCACGGAGGGGAUCUGAAGAUGUUUAAAAAGCGCCGUCACAGUGGCCAGUCUCCACACCUGCUGCUGAUGCUGCUUCCAUCGUACCGUCUGGAGUCCCAACACAAGAGCCACCGACAGAAGCGAGCUCUGGACGCAGCCUUCUGCUCCAGAAAUGUGCAGGACAACUGCUGUUUACGCUCUCUCUACAUCGACUUCAAGAAGGAUCUGGGCUGGAGGUGGAUCCACGAACCGAAAGGUUAUAACGCCAACUUCUGUGCAGGAGCCUGUCCGUAUCUGUGGAGCGCGGACACUCAACACAGCAAUAUCCUUGGCCUCUAUAACACCAUUAAUCCAGAAGCGUCUGCAUCUCCUUGCUGUGUGUCUCAGGAUCUGGAACCCCUCACAAUCCUUUACUACAUCGGCAAAACCCCCAAAAUUGAGCAGCUCUCCAACAUGAUUGUCAAGUCCUGCAAGUGCAGCUAGGAACCGAUUUCCAAGAACACACAUCCACACAAACAAACACACAAUAAUUUAAACCCAAUCACAAACAUGCUGGGCAGGGUGUCAAGGUACAACAGAGUAAUUCCUACAGAAUAGUUCCUACAAGAAGUCCAGACCAUCAAAAACUCUCCAAAGCCAAGAUGAUGCGUAAAAACACACAUCUGAAUGGUGUGUGGAUGUGUGAACUUGUGCUGGAAACAGCCCUGUCGGCAUGUGUCACAUCACCCACUCAUCACUCUAUGGAUGUGAGUUUGGCAAACACUGGAAGUUUGUUAUAGGUGUCUAUAUGUGAAGCAAGCGGAAGAAAAAUCCCUUGUUCCAUUUAUUUCAAACAAACACUUCUUUCUGUUUUUUGUUUUUUUCAUUGUUGUUUUGUUUCCCCUCAAUUCAGAUAUUGUUUGCUUGACUUUUUUUAAUCAUAUUUAAAACCCAUGAUAUUGUUCACCGAUACUGGUGAAGAGCUGGAAAGUUCUGACAAGCAUUUGUCUCAAACUGUGUUGCUGCCACAAAUGAACUCCAUGCCUGGCGCGAAUAAACCGUUUUUGCAAGGGGGUAGAGUUGGCGACUGACCGAUGAAAUAUUUUUAAAGUUAAUGCACGCCUCAGAAAGGCAUAGUUUUACCACCUUACAUGGUGUAAAAAAAGGCCAAGACCAACAAGUCAUGUUGCUCCAAGCAGCCAAAGACGUUAUGUUCCAUUGCGAACAGCCAUUUAGGUCAGAAACAUUCUCUACACAACUGCAGUCGUGAAUGCUUGGCCAACACAUUGCAAGCAAAACCAUUGCACACUCUUGCAUUAUUGUGGCAGCAACAAAUAGAUUUUCCAUCAAAUGUCUGUGCCAUUAAGCCAAAUGUUUUAUCAUGCAGAUAGUUAGAUAUAAACAUGUUGACAGUGCCGAGCAAGAUUCUCUUCAAAUUGUUGUUCCAGCAUGAGAGUUAUUGAUCUGAAAGAGAAAAGUGACUAGAAGUUCAUGCAAAAAGAUGGCGUUUCUGAAAAGAAUGACCUUGACUUUUUGAUACUCACCACGCAGAGCUAUACCAGAGCAUAUAGUGCCUGGUUAAACUGGAAUACGGGUGGUUGGUGAAUAAAACGCUGGUUUUGCGCUGAAAUACAAGUGGCAACAAAAUACAAAUGCAAAAGUGGCAACUUGGUGAAAUCA